GCCUUUUAGAGUUCGAACCUUCACUACCUCAAUCAGAUUCUGAACAUCAAAAGGAAAAGUGUCUGCAUGGUGCAUUUGAGGAACUCGGGAACUUUGAACAACCCAAGCUCCCUAGACGAGACAGCUUAUGAAAGACUUGCGGAGGAGACGCUGGACGCCCUGGCAGAGUUCUUUGAAGACCUUGCAGAUAAGCCCUAUACUCUGGAGGACUAUGACGUCUCUUUUGGGGGAGGCGUGCUAACCAUUAAACUGGGCGGGGAUCUAGGGACCUACGUGAUCAAUAAGCAGACCCCAAACAAGCAAAUCUGGUUAUCUUCUCCCUCCAGUGGCCCUAAGCGCUAUGACUGGACCGGGAAGAACUGGGUGUACUCCCAUGACGGCGUGUCCCUGCAUGAGCUGCUGGCCAGGGAGCUGACUAAAGCCUUAAAUACCAAACUGGACUUGUCUUCCUUGGCCUAUUCUGGAAAAGGCGCUUGAGCACCCGCCAGAUUCAAAGACAUGAAAGCUAUCAGGCCAAGACCCCAGCUUUCUUCUGUAGUUGGGUGUCUGGUUUCCCAUGCCUGCUUCUGAGAACAGUCACACUGUGUAUGACAGCUCUUUGAAAACAGUGUGUUACCUCCCA